AAGUGCUGGGGAAGUGAGCAUUGAUGCGUCUAAUUUUAGCCAUUGUCACAUCACAGUGUUCUGGCACUACGUGCGGACCCACCUGACCAAGCACGAGCUGGAGCGGUACCUGGUGCUACGGCACGUCAACACCGACGAGGGCCGCGGGCGGGCCUGGCUGCGGUCCGCGCUCAACGAGCACGCCCUCGAGCGGUACAUGCACAUGCUCGUCGGCGAUCCCACGCACAUCAGCCAAUUCUACGAGGACACUGCCUUCCUGAUGGACCAGGAAAAAAGCAGCAUGCUUCCCACCAUGUCGGCAGGUCUGGGAUCCAUCCUGUUUGCAAUCAACAUUGACAAUCCCGAUCUGAACCCUCCCGAGUCGAGCGUCACCGUGCGGGGUCCCACGCAGAGUGGACUCGCAGACACACGUCCAGUUCUCGCCAAAGGCUUGGUUGAGGGCAAGCGGAAGAAGAAGCGCCGCAAGCCUCGGUCCAACGUGGUCUCCUUCGACGACGAAGACGACGACGAUUACACAUUGGACAGCAGGUUUCUGGGCAACCACAGUUGCUUCAGUGCACCAGCGACAUGCGUCUCGUCUCCCGUGGCAACCGAGUUCCCAGCUGCAACCCUGCAGGCAAACGGUGACGUGUCGUCCGCCGCGGGAGACACCGCCGAUGACGAGGGAGCCACCACUGCCGUGCCUGCAAGGGCUCCGGCAGACGACGCUCAGAGUGUCGAGUCUCUCGCCACUUCCGAUGGGAACCUGUCCGACGAAAGAGAGCCCAACCCACGGGGCAAGCCAUCAGCGGCCAUCCCGGUUGAGCGAGCAAAGACGUGGUCAGGGUCAACCGAGUCUUCGGGAUCACCGAGGCCUGAGCUGCCCAGUUCUGUGUCCUCAUCGCCAAUGAGCCAUGGCAAAGAAGCGGGGACCAGCUGUCAGCCGUCGUCGCUGACGCCCAUCCUGGACCUCUCCAUCGGGGACCUCAUUCCAGUGUGCCAUCCCGCGGAAGAUGGCGCCAGAUCAGAGGACUCCAUUCCCAGCUACAGUGAAGACACGGAGACGGCAGCGGCUGCUCUAAUGCUGGCGCAGAACGUGUCGUCCCUCGCGCUCAGCGCCGUCGAGUCGCCGAGUGCUGCGGCUGCGGAAGCUGAGCUUUCCUCUGACAUGGCGUCGGCAACACCAG